AUGGGAACACCAUCAAAGUUGCAAUGGCCCCUUCUUGUUUAUGCUUUUGCCUUUUGCUUGAUAGUCAUUAGUGUAGCAGCUGAUUAUAAGCCCCACAUUGAUGAUUCAUCAUCUUUGUCAUACCGUUAUAGGCCACAAUCGCCUCCACCACCUCCUCCACGACGUCGUUACUAUUAUAAAUCCCCCCCGCCUCCUCCUCCACGACGUCGUUACUACUAUAAAUCGCCUCCACCGCCUCCUCCACGACGUCGUUACAAUUAUAAAUCGUCUCCACCACCUCCUCCACGACGUCAUCACUAUUAUAAAUCACCUCCACCACCACCUCCGCGACGUCAUCACUAUUAUAAAUCACCUCCACCACCGCCUCCACGACAUCAUCACUAUUAUAAAUCACCUCCACCUCCAUCACGAUCACCGCCUCCUCCACAUUAUUACAAAUCUCCACCACCGCCUUCUCCACCUCCCCCACCAAAUUAUUACCAUCAUCCACCACCACCACCACCAAUCCUUUCUCCUUCUCCAACAUAUCAUUACGAAUCUCCACCACCGCCUUCUCCAUCUCCACCGCCACCUUAUUACCAUAAUCCUCCACCACCACCUUCUCCAUCUCCACCGCCACCUUAUUACCAUAAUCCACCACCCACACCAAUCCAUUCUCCCCCUCCUCCACCACCACUUCCAUCUCUAUCUCCAUCUCCAUAUCCAUUGCCAUCACCCCCAUUGACUACACCUGUCGAUGAACCAUCUCCAUCUCCAUCUAUGUUGCCAUCACCACCAUUGAUUGCACCUAUCGAUGGACCAUCUCCAUCUCCAUCUCUGUUUCCAUCACCACCAUUGAUUGCACCUACCGAUGGACCAUCUCCAUCUCCACCAUUGAUUGCACCUACCGAUGGACCAUCUCCAUCUCCAUCUCCGUUGCCAUCACCACCAUUGAUUUCACCUAUCGAUGGACUAUCUCCAACUCCAUUGCCAUCACCACCAUUGAUUAAACCUAUCGAUGGACCAUCUCCAUCUCCAUCUCUGUUUCCAUCACCACCAUUGAUUACACCUACUGAUGGACCAUCUCCAUCUCCAUCUCCACCAUUGAUUGCACCUAUCGAUGGACCAUCUCCAUCUCCACCAUUGAUUGCACCUACCGAUGGACCAUCUCCAUCUCUAUCUCCAUUGCCAUCACCACCAUUGAUUUCACCUAUCGAUGGACCAUCUCCAUCUCUGUUGCCAUCACCACCAUUGAUUCCACCUACCGAUGGACCAUCUCCAGCUCCAUUGCCAUUACCACCAUUGAUUGAACCUACUGAUGGACCAUCUCCAUCUCCGUUGCCAUCACCACCAUUAAUUGCACCUACCGAUGGACCAUCUCCAUCUCUAUCUCCGUUGCCAUCACCACCAUUGAUUGCACCUACCACUGGACCAUCUCCAUCUCCACCACCUCCAGUUAAUUACUCACCUCCCCCAUCGCCAUCUCCACCUCCACCACCUUCUCCUUCUCCACCACCUCCUGUAUUUCCAUCUCCACCUCCACAAUCUUCUCCAUCUCCACCACUUCCUCCAUCACCAACUCCUCCACCACCACCACCUCUAGUUAAGUCUCCACCACUUUCUCCAUCCCCUCCACCUCUUUCAUCGCCAUCCCUACCUCCACCACCGCCUUGCAAUAAUAAAUCUACUCCCCCACCAUCUUUAUUCCCUUUUCCAAUACCAUUUCCCUGGAUUCAAACUCCACCUCCACCACCUAAUUGUACUCCUCCAUCGCUAUCUCCACAUCCACCACCAUCUCCAUAUCCACCACCUCCUCCAUUGCCGUCUCCACUACAACCACCUCCAGUGAAGUCUCCUCCUCCAUUGCCAUCUCCACCCCCACCACCUUCUCCAUCUCCACCACCUCCAGUUAGGUCCCCGCUUACUCCAUCGCCAUCUCCACCUCCACCACCUUCUCCAUCUCCACCACCUCCAGUUAGGUCCCCGCCUCCUCCAUCUCCAUCUCCACCUCCAUCACUUUCUCCAUCUCCACCACCUCCAAUUAGGUCUCCGCCUCCUCCAUCGCUAUCUCCACCUCUACCACCUUCUCCAUCUCCAGCACCUCCAGUAAGGUCCCCGCCUCCUCCAUCGCCAUCUCCACCUCCACCACCUUCUCCAUCUCCACCACCUCCAGUUAGGUCCCCGCCUCCUCCACCGCCAUCUCCACCUCCAUCAGCUUCUCCAUCUCCACCACCUCCAGUUAGGUCCCCACCUCCUCCAUCGCCAUCUCCACCUCCACCACCUUCUCCAUCUCCACCACCUCCAGUUAGGUCCCCACCUCCUCCAUCGCCAUCUCCACCACCUCCAAUUAGGUCCCCGCCUCCUCCAUCUCCACCUUCACCUCCACCACCUUCUCCAUCUCCACCACCUCCAGUUAGGUCCCCACCUCCUCCAUCGCCAUCUCCACCACCUUCAAUUAGGUCCCCGCCUCCUCCAUCUCCAUAUCCACCACCUCCAGUUAGGUCCCCGCCUCCUUCAUCGCCAUCUCCACCUCCACCACCUUCUCUAUCUCCACCACCUUCAGUUAGGUCCCCUCCUCCUCCAUCGCCAUCCCCACCUCCACCACCUUCUCCAUCUCCACCACCUCCAGUUAGGUCCCUGUCUCCUCCAUCGCCAUCUCCACCACCUCCAGUUAGGUCCCCACCUCCUCCAUCGCCAUCUCCACCUCCACCACCUUCUCCAUCUCCACCACGUCCAGUUAGGUCCCCGCCUCCUCCAUCUCCACCUCCACCUCCACCACCUUCUCCAUCUCCACCACCUCCAGUUAGUUCCCCACCUCCUCCAUCGCCAUCUCCACCACCUCCAGUUAGGUCCCCACCUCCUCCAUCGCCAUCUCCACCACCUCCAGUUAGGUCCCCUCCUCCUCCAUCGCCAUCUCCACCUCCACCACCUUCUCCAUCUCCACCACCUCCAGUUAGGUCCCCUCCUCCUCCAUCGCCAUCUCCACCUCCACCACCUUCUCCAUCUCCACCACCUCCAGUUAGGUCCCCGCCUCCUCCAUCGCCAUCUCCACCUCCACCACCUUCUCCAUCUCCACCACCUCCGGUUAGGUCCCCGCCUCCUCCAUCGCCAUCUCCACCUCCACCACCCUCUCCAUCUCCACCACCACCAGUUAGGUCCCCGCCUUCUCCAUCGCCAUCUCCACCACGUCCCAUUAAGUCCCCCCCUCCUCCAUCGCCAUAUCCACCUCCACCACCUUCUCCAUCUCCACCACCUCCAGUUAAGUCUCCGCCUUUUCCAACGCCAUCUCCACCUCCACCUCCACCACCUUCUCCAUCUCCACCACCUCCAGUUAAAUCCCCACCUCCUCCAUUUCAAAUAAUUAUUCCACCAUUGCCACAACUACCUUCAUUCCCAGUUUUUGUUCCACCAUUUCCACAAGUACCUCCAUUCACAAUUCCACCAAUUCGACAACUACCUCCAUUCCGAUUUCCGACAUUCCCAGUUCCCAUUGGUCGGAAAUCUUAG